CGCUUUAUAACAACAGGCGAGAGAGCCAGAGAGGCGACAUCGCCGCCGUGGCAAGGGCGAAGGGGUGGGGAAGAGACCGUGGAAAGGCGGGGAGAAACUGAAGCGACCGGCGAGGUUUAGCUCCCAAUCCCCACCUCACCUUGACGCCUCCGCCGCAUCCUCCCACCCCUCCUCCGCCAAACCCUUCUUCUCCUCGCCGCCGCCGCAGCCGCAGCGUAUCCUCCGUCCGGAUGGCUAGCGCCGGCGGUAGGGUUCGGGCGACGGAUGAGAUCCCGGAGGCGGAAAUGGGCAUCGUGGAGUGGCCGCAGGAGGAGCCGGAGCGGGUGGGGUCGAAGAGGAUUAGGGAUUCGCCCUACGGCAAGGCCUACGGUUUUUGUGGAGUGACUACUGCUGAGAAGAAAUCAACACUGCAGCUUCAUGAUGAUUAUAAAUAUUUGAAGAAAGCUCGCAAUGUUAACCAUGUACAUGUGAAUUCUGAUGGUACUUCUAAAAUUGGGGGUCAGUAUCUGCAUGGUACACAUGGCUUGGAGACAAUGCCAAAUUCUAAUGCUUUUAGCUCAUCACCUGGUGAAAAUCUGGAGAAUAAAACCAAAAGGCCCACCACAAUAUGUACCUUUUAUGCUCAAGGUCGGUGCAAGAAAGGAAAUAGCUGCACCUUUCUUCAUGAAAGAGAGAGUACUGGUUCUGAUAACUGGUGGAGCAAUGAAGAAAAGGCCAGUCUGCUUGCACCAGCUGGUUAUGGAAAUCCUAGAGGUUCCGAAGAAGGGUCUCAAGUACAUCUAUCCAACUUGAAAGUGCCUCAGUUCAAGGAUUCAGAGGGUUCAUCGAAAAAUGAACUGUGUCAGAACCUUAUUCGCGUGUAUGAUAAAGGUAACAGGGUGUUGGCACAUCUUGCUGAUAAACAAAACUCUCCCACUCCAGGGGUUUCACAAGGGAUGCCUUGCAGUAUUGAUGAUUCGUUGACUAAAAAGCCUAUCAGUCUUAUAAAUGAGCUGGUGCAGAGUCCAGUAGUUCAUGAGAAGAACCACAAACCUUUCGUGGGACACUAUAGUAGUUUGGCCGCUGAAACCUAUUUGGAUGGUAGAGGUACCUUUCCAAGAUUGCUAGAUGGAGGAAACUUGCAGUCUGUUGCGGGCAAGGGAAACAGCCUUAGUGAUUCCCAUGUCUCAAGAACUUACCUUGAUGUGAACACCUUAAAUUCAGACCAUCGGUAUGCAUCAUUUGGCCUGUCUAUUUCAUCUGAUCCUCUCCAGCAUAGUGAUAAGCUAUCAGCUUUUGGUGGAAUAACUGAGAAUCUUCCUAACACACAUCAGAAAGAACAUUGUUCAAACCAUGGCUCAUACAGCUCACAUAACUUAACAGGAUUCAGGAAUGCAGGCUAUGCUACCUCCGAUCAUUCCUUUGGUAACCCAACUCUCCAAGCAAAUUCUUACCAAGGAAUACUGUCUCAUCAUCUGUUCACAUCUGGUAUCGAGAAAGUUGAUCUCCAUAAAUACGUUGAUGUUGACAAGGGCUGUGGUACUUCUAGACCUGCAUUACUUGUGAGCAGUUCACCUCAACCUUCUAUCGUGUCAGCUGGGUCCCUUUCUCCAAUCAAGGAUGAGGUUUGGGAAACAUCAGUGCCUUUUGUACCUUCUUUUAGUUUUCCUGAUUGUACAACACCUCCAAGACGUCAAUAUGACCCGUUUGUUGACAGUGUUGAGCCCUCCAAAGUUGAAAAUACAACUAAUCUCAAGUCCUCAAAUAUAUCCUGCAGUAUAUCAAGUCAGCAUACGAAUCAGUAUGUAAUUGCUGAUAAAUCAUUGAAUUGUGACGACAAACUGACCAGGAAUAUGUCUGCCAAAAGAUCAAAUGAACUUGCAUGCUUGAUUGCAUGUGAUAGAGGACGCAGCUCUAGCCUGGAUGAUAAAAAUAGGGUGAAGGCUUGUGACAGAAAAAACGAUGCAGCUAGUAACAGUGGGAUAACAAGAGAGUUUCGUUUUCGUUUGGCAGAACAUGUAAAGGAGUUGGUCAAACCAAUUUGGAAGGAAGGUAUUCUGAGUAAGGAUGCUCAUAAAUUGGUAGUGAAAAAAUCAGUCGAUAAGAUUAUUUCCUCGAUUGAGCCACAUCAAGUACCAACUACUGAAGAGCUGAUGACCAAUUAUAUAACCGCCUCUGGAUCAAAGAUAGAAAAACUUGUGAAGGCAUAUGUUGAUAAGCAUCGUACAACAUGAGAUCCAACCUUUUAGAAGUUGAAUUGCAGCACCACUGAGAUGAGAGCUUGGGCCUGAUGUCCUACCAAUGUGGUUAACCUACAUUUCUAGGACCAAGCAGUUUUUAUUGGAAGAAGACUGAACGUUCUUCAGUUGACAAUGGAUGCGCAAAAAUGCUCAGGGGACCUGCUGAAGCAAACAAGAGCAAUUGAUACUAGCCCCUUCCAUUUCAUCACUGCCAAAAUUAGCAUGUAUGAGGCUGUUUAAAUGACCAAUGGUAUUGAAGAUAAAUGUCUCAUGAUUGUUUCCGACUAUGCAUGCAUCCAAUUAAAUGUCACAGUGUCAGGGAUCUGUAUGGUAUGUCCAGGCAUACAAGAUUACAAGGGGGUAGCUGAUAUAAGCUUGCCAAAGAUUUUGCUGCAACAGGAACCUUCAGAAUCUUGUGAUUCAGAGGGAGAUGACAUAUAAGCUGGGUGCUCCCAGAAGAUUCAGCCAAAGUAAUGUUUGUUUACGCUUAGUCUCAUGUGUUCUGUUCUCUUGUGGUGACAGGGCUUCAGUUGAAUUGUUAGUCAAAUGAAUGGCCACUCUUAUAAAUUGCAUUAGGUACACAAUUUACAUAUUAGUGGGAUGCAUCAACUUCUAGCCAAUACAGAUUGCUAGUAUUUAGUACCUAAGAUCUAGUACUUUGUUCCAUUAUUGUACAGAUUACAGAAGAGGAAGAGCAUAUUAGGAUUGAUCAGAUGCUGCUGUGUAUGUGAACCAUUCUGUUUAGGCCAGGCCAUUCAGAAUAUUGUACUUCAUUAAACUAUGACUUGAGCAUCCUUUGUCACAAAGUGCAUGGCAAAUGAUUCCUCGAUACAACUUCCUCCUGGAAUGCUGCGUGGCUUAUACUAAUGGUUGUUCUUUGACUAACUGAUGUAGCUUUGCAUGGUCAACCAAUCAAUUCUUGUCUACUUGACUGUAGUAUUGGAGCAACUCUUCCUUCCUUUUGCUUGAAAACAAAAACUGUCUUCCUUUUGGUGUAUGGAAAAAAUAUGAAGGCUCCAGUUAGCUCGGGAUAUUGUUGUGGUCAUUGUGAUGCAGCUAUAGUACAGGAUGACAGAGGUGCCGAUUCAGGUAACACCAGAGCACAUACAUUACUUGCUGAAUCAAAAAGGCUGUGGAAUUCAAAUGACGUGUUGCUCUUUUACAAGGAAGAUACGCACUUGCUGCUUGCAUCUGCUUUCAGUUAUCAUGCAGCAAAUCAUAACAGAACAGUGGGUAUUUUUUCACCAAAACUGAUUACUGUUGGUGAACUCAUUGUUUUGGCUGCCAAGGGUGGCUAACAGAACAGUGGUUAUUUUUUCACCAAAACUGACAACUGUUGGUGAAGUCAUUGUUUUAGUUGCCAAGGCCGGCUUAAGGUUUGGACUUUGGAGACGUUGCAAAUUGCUAUGAAGUUGAAAAUGUUACUCCAGUGCUAUUUAUGUGUCCGUCCACAAUAUGGGUUUGAUUGGAUAUAAAUAUGUGAGAUAAUUUGGAGUGCC